UCCAGGAGCUUCCGGAGAAGUCAGACAACACGUCGCAAAUAGACUUCCAAAGGGAUUCGAGGACAGAUCCAGAAAAUCCACUGAACCAGACCCUGUGGUCCCCUGGGACUAAAGCCCAGAGAACCACACACGUGCAGAAGUCACUGUGAGCAUCCUGAGACCUCGACUUCCGUCCUAGCAGCUUCAGGAGCCGAAUCUAGAAGAGCACAGGCAAGAAGCCCCGGGCAAGGUACGUAUGAUAAACUGGGGGUUACUCCAAGGCCGGCUGGCAUCGAGUUGCUUUCUGUUGGUGAAAACGAGCUCUGCCACCCGCCACGCCUGAUGGCGUUAAAGAGGAGCGACCAUUCAGUGAAGCCCAAUCUCAACCGUUGGGGUAAACCGGCUGUGGCCCUGUGCAGGCUGAACUGCUUGCUUCUGCCUCGGACUGACUCACCUCCAACUCAAUGGCUCUGUAAGGUGGUCACUUGGUACCAGUCUUGGUGACGGGGCCAAAGAAAGCCAAGCAUGGUGGGGGGAGAGAGGGACGACAAUCAGUCAAGCAAGUUAUCGAAAGCCAAAUUCAUGCGAGCGCUGUACAAAGUGCUUGGGAGGGCUCACUGCAGUUAGAAGCCAUGAUCCUGGCCCUCAAGGAGCUUACCGUCUAAUGGGAAAAACAGGCACAGAAUAAUUUAGAGAAAGAGAAGACAAAUUGGCAAUGGAGAUGAAUAAGGGGUUAAACAGUAGGGCACGGAAGACCAUUUGUUUAGGAAUGCCCCAGCAGGGUGUAUGUUCAAAAGUGUGUGAUGGAGAGUAGAAGUGCUGAGGUGAUUGUUUCAGGGGUGAAAGAGAGUUGGUAUAGAUCCAGACCACUUUAACCAGAGUAAAGUCUGGUGUCAUUUCUGAUGACCUUCCUGGUGGUCCAGGGGCCAAGCUCCAGGGGUCAAGCCCACACCCAUGUCCGCAUGGGGAUCUCCCACACCAAAGUCUCGUGAGUGGCGAUCAGGAGUUGGGUGGCGCUUUGUGUGCCAGGGUGCGGUAUGAUUCCGAUCCACAGAAUCAAGACCCCAAAACAGCAGCAGGCCCGAUGACGCGGAAAUACGCCGGCCCAGCGAAGACAGGUUUAUGAAAGUUCAAGGGGAACACCCCCAAUCUCCUCACCUGGAAGGAAGUCAAAGCUUUGCCCGGUGGCAAAGGGGCAAAAGGCGGGCUCAGAACCAAGACCCUUAAAAUUGACCCUUGGAAGCGUGGCUGUGAAGGCCAGGGUUAGGCUUGCAGCCCGCGCGUAACCAACCGUGACCUCAUGAAAGCGGCGGGGAGAGAACAGUCUUUGGCUGUCGAGGCCAAAGCCUGUACAUGGCAGGUGAAGCAACCUUGGCAAGGCACAUCUUCCUCGACCUCGAGGGAGGGCCGAGUCUGAAUGUGAGCAUUAGAGGGGGACGGUUCCGCUGGGUGGCCCUCAUGCCCCAGGAGGCUAAAGAGGAUGGAUGGGUUGCCACCUGGUGGUGUCCGUUCAGUUUAACUCGCAAGGCGCCCUGGGACGACUUUCGCGGGGAGAGCCUCAUCUGCUUCUUCCCGCAGGGUUUCCCUCCCGGCUGGUUCCGAGGGAGGAGGGCCUGGAAGCAGCACUGGAGGCCGGCAUCUCUCUUGUCCCUCCCUGUGCGAUACCAGCCUGGGGACGUGCGGGGUUUUUUGGGAUGGGAGUCCGGGGGCCGCAAGGGGAAGGUCUCCGAGUCUGACUUUCGGGUGGUGGAACGGGGAGAGACUUUUGGAGUGCCCCAGAUGUCUCGAAUCACCCGGCUCUAUCAGGCAAGGGAGUCAUUUGACUCGGAGCCUCCACAACAUUUGCCCAUGAGAAGCUUGGCAAACCCAAUUGCAGAAAAAGAUGAGUCAGUGUCCCCAGUUUCCUCCCGAUCCCCAAACCUGAGCUGGUGGUGGUGGCGGCAGGCCAGGGAGAACUUCCCGGGAAGCCGAGCCCUAGGGGUAAAUCCAGGGAGACACCUUGCUUCCCGGACCCGCUCCUUCAGGCCGGGGUCUUUCUGGGGACUCUGGGCGCUCGGUUAUUUCCCCCAUGACUCCUGCCAGGCUCACCUGGAGGAGGCAGAAGGUUGCGUCCCAGACCAGGUCUGGUUUGGGUUUCAGAUCCCUCUCUCUCUCUCCAUUCUACCCGCUUGCAGUCCUGCCGGCCGUAUUGUUGCCCACUUUCACCAAAGAACAGUAACUGUGUGGGGUGAAGAGUGUGUAUGUUUUGGUGGGGGGGUGGGGGGAAAAGAGUAAGAGGAUCUAUAGCUCUGGGAGGUACUCAUCUGAUGAAUUCACAGAUGAAACAAUGGUUCUAUCUGUUUAUUUCCAAAGGGCUUAUCUCCCAUCCCUGAGGUGGAGGGGCCAAGUGGGAGGAACAAAGAGGGAGAUAGGGUUCUCUCUUCUUGUUCUCAGGCAGGACGGAGGGAUGACAGGUCAGGGGGAAGGGAGAGGAAAGGAGCUUUUAGUUCCUUUUCCAAUCCCGGUGCCCGUUUCCCAGGGAACUUGCAUUCACCGAUGAAAUCCGACACCCCCGGUCCCCUUGUUUGACCCACAUCCCACCAAGCCUGGAUGCGGAUCGACUCCCACCUACUUCUGCCCGUGGGGACAUUAAGCCACAAGACACCUCUCCUCUUGGGUGUCCAGCUCAGGACUGGGGAAGAGGCAUUCGGGGGUGGAGGGUGUACCUCUGACCCAGUGGAUAGGGGUAACACCUGAGCUCCAUGCCAACUCUUUGGAGUGGCUGCCCCAUCUGGGGAAUGAGUGUGGAGGCCCCUUGGGGUGAGUUCACGUGUCCUGGCC